AUGGUAAACCAAGCUUUGACCAGCGACGGCGCCAAGAACGACAUCUGGGACAAGAUAUGCGACCGCAAAUUGCUCGAUGAUUGGGUAAAACAGGGUGCCAUCAUCACACUGACAGGUGUUGACCUUGAGUGGAUCGGGGUCGAAAAUAUUCACAACCUCCGUGUGGCCUUGAGCAUCGUCUGGCCUAAUAAGACGGACCGCUAUGGACCGGAUGCAGCAUCGUGGCCAGUAUUCAAACGCCGCCAGGAUUUACAAAACCAUCGCACGCAGAAUCCCGAAUACUGGAAGCCUGUGCAAAGACACAAGAAAACGGUGGAUGACGCCAACAUUGAGCGACUACGUGUCGCCCUAACGGGCGAAAUCGAUCCUAAAGUUCCACAUAUGGUAUCCUGUGAUGGCUUUAGCGUCAGUAUCCCCCAAAAAGUUGGCCAAUACAUUCAAGAGUACGACGACAUCUUACAACUAUUGCCGGAAGACGGGAACACGGUGGCAGUCUUGACGUAUGGUCAGAAAGUGGAGCAGAUUGGGUUUGUGCAGAAGGAUUUUGUCGUGAAGCGUGGCCAUCGUAAGACGUCACAGCUCGGCCUGUGA